AUGAAAAAGAUUCAACGUAGAAGGCUGUACAAUUACGUUCGAAGUUUUCUGCAGAGCAGGACCUUUUCUAUAAAAAUAGGCUCAUUCACCAGUGAGCCAUAUUCAAACAAAAUCGGAGUUCCGCAAGGGGCUGUUAUCUCCCCAACGCUGUUCAACAUAACAAUGCGUCCACUUGCCUACCUUUUAAGUGAAGUCCAGUCCAUCUCGGCGGGAAUCUAUGCAGACGAUGUUACAAUAUGGUCUAACGCGCGAGAACCUCUACCCAACAACAGCAACUCCAAAAAAGCAAUAGAUGUUAUCACCAAUUUCCUUGACAGACAAGGUCUCCAGGUUUCACCAGAAAAGACCGAGUUUGUAGUGGUUCUCAAACCCACAAACCAUAGAAAGCAGCAAUUCAUUCGAGAUAAAAUCCAACUUGCUGUUCGAAACACGAGCAUACAACGCAAAGAGCACAUUAAGAUUCUAGGUAUAAUAUACCAACAAAAUGCAAGGUCUACCCAAUGGGUAGAAAAAUCUCUGCACACGGCGAAACAGACAAUAAGAGUGCUGCGAAAGCUGACAAGCAGUGCCUCGGGCCUAUCCGAAGGUCAAAUUAAAAGGCUCGCACAGGCGCUGGUCCACUCAAGGUUCCUAUACGGGCUACCCUUCCUGCCAAUGACGCCGACCCAGCUUGACAGAAUUGAAUGCAUCAACAAAACAUGCAUUCGUAUCGCCACAGGGCUACCGAAGUACGCCAAGCUCGAAGACCUGUACGGAACAGGUCUACUUCUUCCAAUAGGCGACUACGUUGAGCCAGCACUGCAAGCCCAAAAUGAGCGCCUCAAGCUAAGCCGUGCGGGGAGAGCCAUCAGAAGCGAACUAGGACUAAGCAACGAAGACCUACCUCAAAUUCUACCCACCAUUCCACCAUGGGAAGAUAUUACCGUGACAGACAAUCGGCCGCUUCCGAAACAUAUGAACCAAGCCUCGGACACACAGAGAAGGGAUUACUACGCUCAGCGGCACAUUGAGUACCUAAAAACUAUAUCUGACGAAGAAGAAAUCAUUUACACGGAUGCCUCGUGCACUCUAGAAGGGUCCAACACUGGGGCAUUUUUGAACCUGAGAACAGGGGAAGCAUCCUCAUUCUCUAUUACACAUUCUUGCUUGCUACCCGAAGCAGCCGAAGGGCACGCUAUUUCGGAAGCUCUAGCCCACUACACUCAAACAGAAUCAUCGCCAAAAGCUAUUCACAUCUUCACCGACUCUCAGCAAGUGAUUCGAACGCUCCAAACUCGAAGUAAGCUACCAGAAUACGCCAGGCACAUCCUCAACUAUGCCGCCCAACUUCAAGAACGAUCCAUCCGGGUAAGGAUUCAUUGGAUUCCUGGACACACCAAUAUACCGGGGAACGAGCUAGUUCAUCACCGAGCCUUGCAGCAUCAAAGCAAGGAACAACUCGGGGAUGCCAGCUCGGAGCAGACCGCAACGUUAAUCCAAGGCGACACCCAUGACGCCAACUACCGAGCAAAAGUCCACCGCCGACGAAAGUUAAGGGCUAAAUUAGAAGAAGCUACAAAACACGACGCCCCGCCACCAAGAUCCACCCGCCCCUACGAGGUCAUACUCAGAAGACUACAAACACGAAGCUUCACAACAAUCCCAGUGCUACACAAGAUGUACCCGACUAAAUACCCUGACCCCAACUGCGACUACUGCCAAGCCCCAGCAACCACGGAGCAUAUCCUCUGGGAAUGCCCAAUUCACGAAUCAAGCCGAGCUGCUUUCAUAAAAAGAGCCCAACGUACGCUGCCCCACCUACAGCAAGACAUGGAGGAAACCACCCACUGGAUACUCGAAGAUCCACUCAUCAGAGCCAGGCUAAAUAUAUGGUGCAAUGACUUGCGCAAGACGGCCAUCCCCUGCCCAGCAAUAACAAGCACAACAAGCUCACCAGUUUGAGAAAAUCACCUUUUUAUCUUUUUUUUC